AUGUCUGCUUCAACAUCCACGUCACAUAACACAAACCCUUUGAACACAGAACCUCGUAAGAAACUUAUCGUCAAGCUCAGUUAUCCUCCAGGUUCAAAAAAACGCGAUUCAGAUUCGUGCGGCACAGAUGAAAACAAGAGAAGAAAGAUUCAAGAUUCUGUAAAACCAAUCGUAACCUGUUAUUGGGUUGAUUCAGAUUACCGUACCAAAACAACAUCUUUGUCUGAAACAAAGCAUAAUAAUGUUGUUGAAGACAAGAAGAUGAUCGAGAACCAAGUUUCCAAAACAACACCUUUGUCUCAACCAAAGGAUAACAAUGUUGUUGAAAACAAGAAAAUGAUCAAGAACCGAACACCUUUGUCUCAACCAAAGGAUAACAAUGUUGUUGAAAACAAGAAAAUGAUCAAGAACCGAGUUUCCAAAACAACAACUUUGUCUCAACCAAAGAAUAACACGAAGGAUUCAUCAAAAACAACCUUUGUGACAAGAGUUGAAGAAUGUGGGUUGAAACAACCGAUGGAGUGUGUUAGGAGGAGGCAAUGUUGGUUGAUUUUGAAGAGAAUGUUGGUAGAUAGAGAUGGUUGGGAUUUGAAAGAUCCUCCAAAAAUAGCAAUGGUUGAUAAGUGUAAGAUAAAGGCAAUAGGUUUGAAGGAAAUAGAGAGAAAGUUGAGGUUGUAUGCAACACCGGAUGAGUUUGCUAGUGACAUAAGACUUGUGUUCUCUAAUGCAAUGCUAAUGUAUCCUCCAAGGAAUCAUAUUUAUCAAAUUGCAAAAAAGUUCAGUCAGAAUUUUGAACACAAAUGGAAGUCAUUGAAGGAUAUGUGGGACCUUGAGGAUACAAAAAGAGUACAAGAUACUAAAGAGUGCAACAUGUUGUUAUAG